GGCGUGGCUUGGGGGAGACAUUGGGCGGGUCUUUGCUCAGCGCGGUGGAGGAGUCGCAGCUGAGACGGAGAGUCGCUUCAGGAGCGCGUGUGGAAACGAUAUGAGCGGAGCAGAAACAAUUGAAUCCGAUAAUAAGGCGUUUUAAAGAAACCGGAUCUGAUGAGCGUUUUCUCCUGUAGUGCCAAAUAGCAGGGUUUGGGCGGAAAAGCGGAUCUCUAGCGCCUCCUGGGUGUGAAGAGAUCAGGAUCCAUGGAGGGCAAAGUUGGCCGUUGCAAGAUUGUUGUGGUGGGCGACACGCAGUGUGGGAAAACCGCCUUACUGCAUGUGUUCGCUAAGGACUCUUAUCCAGAGACUUACGUGCCCACGGUAUUUGAGAACUACACGGCCAGUUUCGAAAUUGAUAAGCGGCGCAUCGAGCUCAAUAUGUGGGACACUUCUGGUUCCUCCUAUUAUGAUAAUGUUCGACCUUUGGCGUAUCCGGACGCGGAUGCCGUACUUAUCUGCUUCGACGUCAGUCGGCCUGAGACGCUGGAAAGUGUACUGAAAAAGUGGCAGGGAGAGACACAGGAGUAUUGCCCGAAUGCAAAGGUGGUGUUAGUUGGCUGUAAACUGGACAUGAGAUCUGACCUGAACACAUUGAGGGAACUGUCCAAACUACGGCUAAUUCCAGUCACACAUGAACAGGGCUCUUCUCUGGCCAGGCAAAUCGGGGCUGUGGCGUACGCUGAGUGUACCUCCAGGUACUCUGAGAACAGCGUGCGGGACGUCUUUCAUGUUACGACACUGGCCUCAGUGGCUCAGCUUCACCGGCCACUGCUAAAGCGCUCCAAUUCCCGCCGGGGUCUCAAACGGGUUUCCCAGCAGCCCCAGCGCUCCGAGAUCCUGGAGCGGCCACCCACCAUCAGGAAAGACCGCGCCAAGAGCUGCGUGAUAAUGUAGGAGACGUGGGAUGACUCCUGGCACUUGAGAUUAGCUUGCUCCAGAUCAGCUCUGGUUAGCUGGAUAGUAUGUUAAACCCCCCUUUUGGUUGGUGUCUCGAUACACAAUGGAAGACCUAUUUAUUGACUGUGAUUAUGCUUUUCUUGUCUGUGGCUUUUUUGCACCAAUGAGUUGGACUAUAAACACAAUGAAACCCACAUGGAUAUUUUUAUUAUUAUUAUUAUUAUUUGGAAUAUGUUUUAUGGAGGGCAAAAAUGAUGCUAAAAAUGUGUUUGACAAUGAAAAAAAGAAAGUGAUCAGACCAUUGGGAGCUUGUUUGUGAUGUCAUUCCCUGUCUUACGAAAGGCCACAUUCAACCCCCUGCACUGAAAACUCUUUUACUUUUUAAUAUUUUAUAAUAAAGCACACAGAGUGAAAUACAAAAACAGAAAAUGUAUUGGUGCAGAUUAUUUUACAUCAAAUGCUCAGCUGGAUAAAACAGUCUGGACAGAUGCACUGUUGGAAAGCUGUUGAGGUUGUGUUGAAAUAAAGGAAUGUUGAGUUGUGUGGUGUUUUAUAUAUAGCUGUAUUUGUGUGAUGCUAAAAUAAACAACAUGGUUGCGUUUCUA